AUGAAAGAAAUAGAAAAUUCAUUUGCCAGUAACAUCUGUAGAUGUACCGGAUACAGGCCAAUUGCAGAUGCGUUCAAAUCAUUCGCAACAGAUAUCGACAUUAGACUCAAAAUGAAACUACAAGAUAUAGAAGAUGUGGGUUUCUUCAAACCUUGUGGUGCUCUUUGCCAAAAUAUGUGUCAACAUAAAUGUGUUACAACAAACGAAAUAACCGAUCAAGAUUGGUGUAUUUUAGAAAAGGAUAAUAAUAAAAUGAUAGUUAUCGACUGUGGCAACCAUAAAUGGUACAAACCAUAUAAUCUAACCGACGUCUUUAAUGUGAUAAAUACCAAUAAAGAUUACAAAUUUAUUGCAGGAAAUACUGGACAAGGUGUUUAUCAUGUCAUAGAAUAUCCAAAAACUAUUAUAGAUAUAUUUUAUGUAGCAGAAUUGAAAGGUCACCUACUAGAUGUAAACCUCAUAUUAGGAGCGGGGAUGCCAUUGUCCGAAAUGAUGAACCUCUUCUUGGAAGUUUCAGCAUCAAAUGACGGUUUUUCCUAUUUAAAACAAUUCUAUGAGCACAUGGAUUUGGUGGCCCAUAUACCAGUACGAAAUAUUGGAACCAUUGGUGGAAAUCUAUACAUGAAAUACACAAACAAUGAUUUUCAAUCGGACAUCUUUUUGCUAUUUGAAGCUGUUGGUGCUAUGAUUACAAUUGCUGAGGCACCAAAAAAAGAGAAAACUGUUACUCUUCUCGAAUUCUUGGAAAUAGAUAUGAGAGGGAAAAUCAUUAAGAAUAUAAAGUUACCUCCAUUAUCAGAAUAUUGCUACUUUAAAUCUUAUAAGAUUAUGCCAAGAUCUCAAAAUGCUCACGCUGUUGUAAAUGCAGCAUUCUUAUUUAAAUUUAAACAAAAUUCUAAUUUAUUAGAAAAAGCUACCCUCGUUUUUGGUAGUAUAUCAGCAAAAUUUAACCAUGCCAGUAAAACAGAAGCCUUAUUAGAAGAUAAAGAUCCUUAUAACAAUAAAACGUUGAAAUCGGCUCUCAAAACAUUGUAUAAGGAGAUUUCUCCCGAAGAUAUGCCACCAGAACCAUCUGCUGCAUAUAGGAAAAUGCUUGCUGUUGCUCUAUUUUACAAAGCAAUCUUAUACUUAUGUCCCGAUGAAAAACUAAAUAAAAGAUUUAAAUCUGGAGGAGAAGCUAUAAAAAGACAUAUAUCCAAUGGAACACAAUCUUUUGACACUGAUAAAACCGUUUGGCCCUUAAACAAGCCAGUGCCAAAAUUAGAGGCUCAAGUGCAAUGCAGUGGUGAGGCUGUCUUUGCAAAUGAUCUACCCACUGAAAAGGGAGAAUUAUUCGGUUCGUUUGUCACCGCUGAUAAUAGACCGGGAAGUAUAAUCAGUGGUUUUGAUAUAGAAGAAGCUUUAAAAAUUCCUGGAGUUAUAGCUUUUUAUUCCGCUAAAGACAUACCAGGAGAUAAUUCGUUUACCCCCACAAAUGUGCCACUGAUACUAGCAAAUGAAGAAAUUUUAUGUUCUCGUGUAGUUAAAUAUUAUGGUGAACCGUGUGGCAUAAUCGUGGCAGACCGAGAAAAAACAGCUAAUAAAGCUGCCAAAGUAAAUGUUAUUGUACGCCGAGUGGGAGGAGGGUACGGAGGUAAAAUCACCCGUUCUUGUCAAAUUGCUUGUGCAGCUGCAUUGGUCGCCCAUUUGCAAGGCAAAAUAUGUAGAUUCAUAUUGCCUUUAGAAACCAGUAUGAUGAUUAUUGGUAAACGUCUUCCGACCAGUUGUAACUUCGAGGUUGGAGUAAAUAAAGAAGGUGAAAUCCAAUACCUAAAAAACAAAUUUUAUCAAGACAAUGGUUGCGCUCCAAAUGAAACUAUUAGCCCAAUAACAGUAAAUCACUUUCGCAACUGCUAUGACACAAGACGUUGGUAUAUUGAAGCGAAUAGUGUACAUACAGACACCCCAUCUAACACUUGGUGUAGAGCUCCAUCGUCAACAGAGGGAUUAGCUAUGAUUGAAAAUAUAAUAGAAAGAAUAGCUUAUAACAUGGGACUAGACCCACUUCAAGUGAGAUUAAUAAACAUGGCAAAAGAAAAUAACCCUAUUCCAGAGAUAUUAGAACAAAUCAAGAAAGAUUCAAAUUAUGAUGAAAGAUUAAUAGAAAUAAAGAAAUUUAAUACAGACAACCGCUGGAGAAAACGAGCUAUGAGCUUAAUACCAAUGACAUAUGAUUUAUUUUAUUUAAGUCCAUACAAUGCUUUAGUUUCUAUAUAUCACGCUGAUGGUUCAGUAUCUAUUACACACGGUGGCACAGAAAUGGGACAAGGAGUAAAUACAAAGGUAGCUCAAGUUUGUGGUUACAUGUUUGGAAUUCCAUUAGAAAAAAUCAGCAUUAAGCCAAGCUCAAGUUUCACUUCGCCCAACUCCAUGGCUACUGGAGCUAGUAUUGGUAGUGAAUGUGUGUCAUUUGCUACUAUGAAAGCAUGUGAAAUAAUUUUGGAAAGAUUAAAACCUGUUAGGGAGAAAAUGGACAAACCAGUUUGGGAGAAAAUUGUUAAAGAGGCAUUCAAUGACGGUAUAGAUUUGCAAGCAUCUUAUACAUUCUCUAUGAAAGAUGGUGUGAAACCUUAUGAUAUUUAUGGUGCUGUCGUAUUGGAAGUAGAAGUUGACAUAUUAACUGGUAAUCAUGAUGUUCGGAGAGUAGAUCUUCUAGAAGACACAGGAAGAAGUCUAAGCCCAGAAAUUGACAUAGGACAAAUUGAAGGUGCAUUUGUAAUGGGUCUAGGAUAUUGGACAUCUGAAAAAAAUAUGUAUGACGCAGAUUCAGGAAAAUUAUUAACAAAUAGAACUUGGACGUACAAACCUCCUGGUAUAAAGGACAUUCCAGCUGAUUUCAGAGUUUAUUUCCGAAGAAACGCCAGGAAUCCAUACGGUGUACUUCAAUCAAAAGCAACUGGUGAGCCAGCACUCUGUAUGGCCGUUGUGCUGACUCACGCCUUGAGGGAGGCUGUGAGGGCGGCUCGAUUAGAGGCGGGCUACGAAGAUCAAUGGAUUGAAAUUGGAAACCCGUGUACUGUAGAAAAUAUUUUCAUGUCCCUUGGACACAAAUUGGAACACUUCAAAUUGAAAUAA